ACUGUUUUUUGCCUGUCGGUCGAAUUUGUGGGUUGUAUCUUUGAGUUCUUCUGAUCUUCCUCGUCAUGCAGUCAGACACUUAUCUUCUCUCAAAGGUUAUGAACAUCUUAAAUCUGCCUUCACCAUGAUGGGAUGCCUGGUUUUUAUCAUUCUUUUGGGUUCUUUUCACGAGGUGCAAGUCAUACAAGCUCUUCCUCAGGCUAAACUAACAGUGAAUUCAUCAUCAAUCACAGAAACAGAUUCAGUCACAAUAAGCUGCGAGGCUCCAGCUCAUCCUUCUGUGAAUCUGUGUUAUUUCCAUGUGAAAGGAGGAACUCUAACACCUUUCCCCUGCAUGAAGACAAUCACAGGAACUGAGCUGCUGCUGAUGGCAAAGCAAAAGUCAUCAUGUGUGGUUGAAGUGACAUGUUAUUAUAUUGGGGACAGAAAAUCUCCAUCUCCUGACAGUGACACGGUCCAUAUUACUAUAAUGUCUUCAAGUGUCACUUCCAGUUAUAAAGUGGCGGCCAUUACAGAAAAAGCAGGAAAUCAUGAAGCUAAAGGCAAAAAUAUAGAAAAUGAAUCACAGAAGAGAAAACAAACCAACAUUGCAGAUCAGUCUGUACAGAUGAUUGAUAACACAGAGAUGUUACAAAGAGACGCCAUCUACAGUAUUGUCACAUCUGCACCUGCUGCUGACUGGUCUACAGAUUCUGAUAAAUCUACCUUUGAAGAUUCUUCAGCUGAAGACCCUGACGUGGACAGUGUGUACUACACCAUCCCCCCUCCAUUAUCUACGGGUGACGGGGUGUAGAGCGGCGGGCUCCAGUCCCAAACGGCCGGAGUUCUGCAACCUUUAGACGUCUCUCUGCUUCAUCACAUCUGGCUCCAAUAUUAGCUCAUCAGCAGAGCUCUGUGCAGCUUGACUGCAUGCAUGUCAGUGAGGCAGUUUUGCCUUUUAAUUCAAGCCGCCACUGCUUAGAGAGCACAACCUGUUUAUUUCAGAGAUUUCUCAUAUUUUAUGAGGGCAACCUUUCUUUCUGUGUCUUUGUAGAGCACCUUGGUCAGAAUAAAUUGCUUUUAAUGUGCUUGAUAAAUACAUUUUUAUUUAGUUUUGACCUCUGUCUGAUAAUUUGUAUGAGCAAAUAGACUCUUGCAGUCUGUUUGUUCAGAAUAUUUGAACUUUCCUGUACUAUAAUUAGGCAGCCUUUUUA